AGUCGCGAUGAAGGAAAAAUCCAAGAACGCGGCAAAGACUAGACGGGAAAAAGAAAAUGGAGAAUUCUACGAACUGGCCAAACUCCUGCCCCUGCCCUCGGCCAUCACCUCGCAGCUGGACAAGGCGUCCAUCAUCCGCCUCACCACCAGCUACCUGAAAAUGCGAGCCGUCUUCCCCGAAGGUCUGGGCGACGCCUGGGGACAGCCGAGCAGGAUCGGCCCUUUGGAUAACGUGGCCAUGGAGCUCGGAUCCCACUUGCUUCAGACUUUGGAUGGCUUUGUUUUCGUCGUGGCAUCCGAUGGCAAAAUAAUGUACAUUUCUGAAACAGCAUCUGUGCACCUUGGCCUGUCCCAGGUGGAGCUCACUGGAAACAGCAUUUAUGAGUACAUCCACCCCUCAGAUCAUGAUGAGAUGACUGCUGUCCUCACUGCCCACCAGCCUCUGCAUCCUCACCUCCUGCAAGAAUAUGAAAUCGAGAGAUCCUUUUUCCUGAGGAUGAAGUGUGUCCUAGCCAAGAGGAAUGCAGGCCUGACCUGCAGUGGCUACAAGGUGAUCCACUGCAGUGGCUACUUGAAGAUCCGCCAGUACAUGCUGGAUAUGUCCCUGUACGACUCCUGUUACCAAAUCGUGGGGCUGGUGGCCGUGGGGCAAUCUUUGCCUCCCAGUGCAAUCACUGAGAUCAAGCUCCACAGCAACAUGUUUAUGUUCAGAGCCAGCUUGGAUUUAAAACUGAUUUUCCUCGAUUCCAGGGUCACGGAAUUAACUGGAUAUGAACCCCAGGAUCUGAUAGAGAAAACCCUCUACCACCAUGUCCACGGCUGUGAUGUUUUCCACCUGCGAUACGCUCACCACCUGUUGCUGGUGAAAGGCCAAGUGACCACCAAGUACUACCGGCUGCUGUCCAAGCAGGGAGGCUGGGUGUGGGUGCAGAGCUACGCCACCAUCGUGCACAACAGCCGUUCGUCACGGCCUCACUGCAUAGUGAGUGUCAAUUAUGUCCUUACAGAUAUUGAGUACAAGGAACUUCAGUUGUCACUGGACCAGGUUACCAUUUCCAAGUCACAGUUUUCAUGCAGAAACUCAGUACCUACCUCGCAGGAAACAAGGAAAAUAGUAAAACCCAAAAGUAAUAAAAUGAAGGCAAAACUCAGAACAACACCUUACCCGCCACAGCAAUACAGUUCGUUCCAAGCAGACAAACUGGAAUGCAGCCAGGUGGGGAGCUGGCGCUCCAGCCCCGCUGCCAGCGCCGCCGCCCUUCAGGAACAGAACUUCCAUUCAGAGAGCAGCGAACUCCUGUACGCCCCUCCCUACAGCCUGCCCUUCUCCUACCACUAUGGACACUUCCCUGUGGAUUCCCACGUCUUCAGUGGCAAGAAGCAAAUGCUGCCUGCAAAAUUCGGGCAGGCCCAAGGGGCACCCUGCGAGGUGGCACGGUUCUUCCUGGGCGCGCUGCAGACCAACGGCGAGUGCCAGUGGCACUAUGCAAACUCCCUGGUUCCCAGCAGCCAGUCACCCUCCAAAAGCCUCCCUGAGCAGCCAGUGAACAUCAUCAGGCACAACCUUGCACAGAGUUAUGAAGGUGGGUGUCGCUCUGAGCCAGGAGAAAAAGCUCGGCCGCGCGGUGGAUGGGGAGGAUUUGUGUUCGCGGUUUGAAAAACGGUUUUGAUG